AUGAAAGAGACAUUUCAGAAAAGUGUGAAGAUUUGGGUUGAUAUUUUAUGUCCGUGGGACAAAAGAACCUGGUCGAAGUGGAACUGCCUCAGCCAGCCAUACGGCGAAAGGAAAGGAAGGCAGGCAAAUAGGGUAAUCAAAAAGGAAGUUUCAAUAGUUUUCAGAAACUUAGUUUCAAACGACCGAUAUGAUAGACCAAAUGAAGCUUCAAGAAGCACAGCUUUACGGAAACAUCAGCCGAAAGACUAA